AUGGAGGUGCAGCUCACAGCUGGCAUCCUCUGCGCCCACGGCACAGAACGCCUGCCUGCCCUUCGGCAGGACGGGAUCACUUCCCUCGGCUGCCGGAGGAUGGAGGAGGGAGACGGGGUUUGUGUCGGGGCAGAGCAGAAGGGACCACAGUCAACAGGAGCCCAACGCGGGAGGUGGUACAAGAGGCACCUGACCUACCGGGUGGUGAACUGGCCCUCCUACCUGCCGCAGCACGAGGUGCGCCUGGCUGUGAAAGCCGCCUUUGAGCUCUGGAGCAACGUGUCCUCGCUGGUGUUUUGGGAGGCGCAGGAUGGCCCGGCUGACAUCCGCCUGACCUUCUUCCAUGGGGACCACAACGAUGGACUCAACAACGCCUUCGAUGGACCAGGAGGUGCCCUGGCUCACGCCUUCUUUCCCCGGCGCGGAGAAGCCCACUUCGACAGCGCCGAGCGCUGGUCCCUGCACAGUGGCAAAGGACGCAACCUCUUCGUUGUGGUGGCACAUGAGGUCGGGCACACGCUGGGGCUGGAGCACUCCCCUGUCAAGAGCGCCCUGAUGUCUCCCUACUACAAGAAGCUCAGCAAGGAUUUUGUCCUCAGCUGGGAUGACAUCUUGGCUAUCCAGAAUUUGUACGGGAAGCCCUCCAAAGGCUUGGCCAUCCAGCUCCCGGGAAAGGUCUUCACUCACUUCCAGGACUGGAGCGCGGACCUUUAUGGCGGGGACCAGCAGUGGAGGAGCCUCAGCGCCUAUUACUGCCACUCCUUCUUCGACGCCAUAACUGCUGGUUUUUUUCCCAGUGUGGAGGAUGAAUUCACGCUGAAGGAGCCCCUUCAUGUCUCCACCUUCGCCCCAGCCCAUCGCAGUGCAGGAAGGAAAGAGCCGGGCAUCCCUUCUGCCGUGGGACCGGACGGAGACUGA